CCAAAUUAUCCAUCAGCAAACGCUAUCCGACUCAGCGAGAGAGAGAGUUAGAGAAACAAGUCGACAUGAGUUUGACUGACAAAGACAAGGCUGCCGUCAAGGCUCUGUGGAGCAGAAUCUCCAAGUCCGCAGAUGCCAUUGGGGCUGAUGCUUUAUCCAGGAUGCUCGUGGUCUAUCCCCAAACCAAGACCUACUUCUCCCACUGGGCUGACCUGAGCUCCGGCUCUGCCCAGGUGAAGGGCCACGGAAAGACGAUCAUGGGAGGAGUCGCUCUGGCUGUGGCCAAGAUUGACGACCUGACUAAUGGCCUGCUGGACCUCAGCGAGAAGCACGCUUUCCAGAUCAAGGUGGACCCGGCCAACUUCAAGAUCCUGGCUCACUGCCUUCUCCUGGUGAUCGCCAACUUGUUCCCCGCUGACUUCACCCCCGAGGCUCACGUGUCUAUGGACAAGUUCCUGGGCAACGUGGCCCUGGGUAUCUCUGAGAGGUACCGCUGAGCUGCAGCGGAGGCUCUGCCACGCGCCCAGCCCAAAACCCAUGCAGACAAAUGAAAAAAUAAAUCGCAUCUAAUUAAUAAACCUGUUCAACUGCG